AUGUGGCUACAGAACCAGAAGAGUCUUUUCGGGCUUGAUAUCUCAAGUUCUGGAAUCUCAGAUACCGUACCCCAAUGGUUUUGGAACCAAAUUUCCCGAGUCUCUUAUUUAAAUCUCUCCAACAACCAGCUUCAUGGGAAGUUGCCGGAGUUGUCAUUGCAACUCGCUAGUCUUGUUUACAUAGAUUUGGGUAGUAACCGGUUUGAAGGUCCAUUACCCAAAUUUUCUGCUAAGUUGAUCACAUUGGAUAUGUCAGGGAACUUAUUUUCCGGAACUUGGGCAAUCUUAUGUGAGAUUGGUUCAGAAAAUUCUUUGUCAUACCUUGACCUCUCUGAAAAUCUUUUAUUUGGGAAACUUCCUGACUGUUGGAUGUACUGGCCAAAAUUGGAAGUUCUGAUAUUGAACAACAAUAGUUUAUCUGGAGAAAUCCCUGGCUCCGUUGGGUCCCUAACAAUGUUUAAAUCAUUGCAUUUGCGCAGCAAUAAUUUUUCAGGGGAGUUACCUUCCGCCUUGAAAAAUUGCACGCAGCUUGCUACAGCUGAGCUUGGACAAAACAGUUUUAUCCGGUAG